ACUGCUCUGACCACGGGGAGAAUAUGGAAAAAUUCCACGCGUGGUAUGCCAUUUAACUGCUCCACCCGAACCAGUCGAAAACCAUCCGUACAUCAUCGUCCCGAAAAGCCUCCCACACCAAUUUUACCUCGAGUUCGGCCAUUGAAACUCCCACAUCUCCAUCCCAAUGACGAUGGAAGGGCAGCAAGCGAUUUGGUUGGCCAGGAUACAUCCUUCAGCAUCCUGAUCCAGGGGUUGCAGAGCGAGCGAGCGAGCGAGAGAGGUCGAUGGCGGAAAAGAGACGGAGAGGCUGCCUGGCAACCGGUGCGGAGUGGGAUUGGCCAGGCGGCGUUGCCUUGACGCCGUCGUCCUGUUGCCAUCCCGCUCGCGUAUCCAGCAUCCCAGGACUCACCAGGCUACCCCCUGGUACUCUCACCCACCACUGCUCGACCACCACUUGUGCAGAUCCCUGAAAAUGCGACUUUGAGCCCGGAAUUAGCCAGCGCACCGCUUGAAAGCAGGAGUAGAAGGUCGUUGAGUGGGAGUGGGAUGAAAAAACCUGCUCGAGGGUCUGGGUUGGAUUACCCGCUUCGGGCACACGGAUCAUAAUAGCAACCACCACCCACCCAACAACCACCCAACCACCCAACCGCCCAACCGCCGAGGCAGCAGCCGCCGUUGUUGUAAUUUAAUUCGUUGCUGCGCCGCCGUCGUCGUGAGCUCGCCAUCAUCAUUAUUUUCGGAGGCAUAUUGCUAGGAUAACAUUUGAUUUUGGAUUCAGUUGUAAUUCUACCGUUCGCAGGCACUGGUUGCUCCGUUUCCACGCCAUCCGCCGUCCAGCAUCCGGCCUUCGAUUCCGGCCUUCGAUUCCGGCCAUCGCAACCCAAACCCAAGCUCAAGCUCAAACCCAUAACCAACAAGCAAACAACACACAAAUACAAAUACCACCCACUGUGAAAGGAGAAAUCUGAAUUGAGCGUUGCUUGGUCAAGGAUUUCACUUUCGCUUUCUGUGUUGGCCAGUUGCCAGAAGCAACCGGGUUUCUUCUCUGCUUACAACACCAGUGAAUUCAUAAGCGUGACUUUGUGUACUUACAAUAAAUGUCAUCGUUGGAUUCCUACAUGUGGACAGACAACAUUAGAACCUACUUCUGAAACUGCGUUUUAAAAAUGAUUGAAACCAAAGCCUUGGAUUAUAUUACCUUGAUGAUCUAAUGAUUGGCUUUUUACCUCUGGUUUUUUUUAAAAAUUAAGAUUGGUUGCCCAUCUUUGGACUUUCAACAAAUUCAAUUGGCAUAAUUAAAAACCUUUUUUGCAUUGGAACCUAUGAGAUCAUAAUUGGAACUUAGAUAUUGGAUUGUCAACUUUAAGUGACUAAUCCUGGAUUCUUAAACGAACAUCUUGAUUACGAGAUCUAUAAAUAUUAACUGGUAUUUAAAGAAAUCGUAAUUGGAUCUUUGGAAACUGGUUUGCAGUACCAAUCUGUAGUAUGUGUUGGCAUGCGAAAUCAAGUGCUACCCUCUUAAAGAAUCUCCAUCUGGAUGUGGUGGAACAUAUAAUAUUCGGAAUAGUCUGAAAAGCGCUGAGGCCACCUCCCAGCGUAGGUUCCACCCAUCUCAGCAGCCUACGCUCCACUUCCGGCCAAACGAAUGCAUUCGCGGUACGGCUUUGACUGCCAAACGCGCCAUCACCACCAAACGCAGCAGCUCCAGCAGCACCACCAACAUCAUCUUCUCCCCUUGGAAUCGCCGCCAACGCCGUCAGUGAUCAGCCCCACCUCCGCUGCGGCUGUGGCCUACUCGAAUCUCCUGGAGAAGUGCCGCUGCAAGCAGUCCGUGGCCGCCAGGCCCGCACCCGCUCCGCCGCCCGCCCAACUUCAGCUGCAGCUGCACCACCAUCACCACCACCACCACCAUCAGACAUUCGUGGCCAGCGCCAGUGCAACUAGCUACACCAACUGUUCCGGGAUUGGAUUGGGAUCGAGAUCGGGAUCGGUUUCGGGAUCGGGAAGUGGAACAGGUAGUGGGACCACUGCAUCCUCCGCAUCGGCCAACUCCACUUGUGUCGCGGGAAGCAACAUUUCGGGUGGAUCGGCCAGCAGCACCACCAUGUACCACCACCACCAUAGACGUCACAACAACUUGUCCUAUUGCGGCGUUUCCGGGCAGGAGCAGAACUAUCAAGUGCAAUAUGUGGACUCGGAGCUGUACCACAGCAACUCCAGCCAGACGCAAAUGACGUAUCCGUUCUGCCCGGUGGGGGACUACCAGGGCAACGGCCAGACGGCCUACUACUCGACCAGUACGGGUCAGUACGGAGCCACCUCAUCGGCCGGGGGCUCCUCCAAUGGGGCCCACUCCACCACGCUGCCGUACCUGGUGCCCGUGGAGGAGGGCAUCCUCCUCAACGGCUCCGCACACUCGCUGUCGCAGUCGCAUUCGCAAUCUCAGUCGCAGUCGCAAUCGCAAGCGCACGGACGCGAUUCGCCGCACAGCCUGACGGUGAGUAGCAGGGAUUGGGAGCGGGAUGCGGACCGGGUGAACGGAACUAAUCGCCACUGGGUGCAGGAGGUCGCGUACAUCCAGGAGGCGCAGAGCACGCCCCAGACGCCCACCUCGACGACCACGACGCACUCGGCCAGCGGCGGCAGCCUGGGCACGGGCGGCGGAGGCGCCUCCCCGGACUCCGACCAGAGUACGCUCGGCAACAGCAACAAGAUUGCCUCGGCAACGAUCAAGUGGCUGUCGCGUAACUACGAGACGGCGGACGGGGUGAGCCUGCCCAGGAGCACGCUGUACAACCAUUACAUGCAGCACUGCAGCGAGCACAAGCUGGAGCCCGUGAAUGCGGCCAGCUUCGGCAAGUUGAUACGCUCCGUGUUCUCCGGACUGCGCACACGUCGCCUGGGCACCCGCGGCAACUCCAAGUACCACUACUAUGGCAUCCGCAUCAAGCCCGGCUCGCUGCUGAACAGCCAGGCGAUGGACGACAAGCAGAUGCUGGCCGGCGGCUAUGGGGCAUCCCAGGACGGCACUGGCGUCGGCGGACCUGGCUCUGGAGUCCUGGUCAGCGUGACCAGCAGCACCGCCGGACAGUUGGGCGGCUCAAACGGACACGGACACGGCGGCGGCGGACAGGGACAGCGGCACAGCGGCGGCACCAAGAAGCACACCUUCAAGCCGGAGACCUACGAGGCGUGCAUUCAGUUCAUUGGAGAUGGCAGCAGUGCCCUUCCCUCAUUUCCGGCCAUCGAGCUGAACCACAGUUUCAACAGCGAGCUGACUUUGGAGGACGUGGACACAUUCCGGGCCCUGUACCGCGAGCACUGCGAGUCCUUCCUGGACGCCGUGCUCAACCUGGAGUUCAACACUGUGGAGUUCCUGCUGCGUGACUUCUGGCGGGCCAGCGACAACAACAACCUGGACGAGUGCGAGGAGGAGAAGUACUUGAGCAAGACGAAGCUGUAUCUACUGUGCCACUGCGCAGAAGUGCAGAAGUUCGUGCGAGAGGUGGACUAUCAAUUCUACCAGAACACCGUCGAUGUCAUUAUACCGGACGUGCUGCGCUCCAUACCGAACGCCCUGACCCAGGCCAUCCGUAACUUCGCCAAGAACCUGGAGAUCUGGCUGUGCGAGAGCAUGCUGGGCGUGCCGGAGCAGCUGGCCCAGAUCAAGACUAGUGCCGUGUCGGCCUUUUGCCAAACGUUGCGGCGCUACACCUCGCUGAAUCACCUGGCUCAGGCCGCUCGAGCAGUGCUCCAGAAUGGCGCCCAGAUCUCCCAGAUGCUCAGCGAUCUAAAUCGUGUGGAUUUCCACAAUGUUCAGGAGCAAGCCGCCUGGGUGAGUCAGUGUGCCCCCGCCGUGGUUCAGCGUUUGGAGAACGACUUCAAGGCCGCCCUGCAGCAGCAGAGCUCCCUGGAGCAGUGGGCCAGCUGGCUGCAACUGGUGGUGGAGUCGGCCAUGGAGGAGUACAACGGGAAGCCGACGUACGCCAGAGCCGCCCGCCAGUUCCUGCUCAAGUGGAGCUUCUACAGCUCCAUGAUCAUCCGGGACCUGACGCUGCGCUCCGCCUCCAGUUUCGGCAGCUUCCACCUGAUUCGCCUGCUCUUCGAUGAGUACAUGUUCUACCUGGUGGAGCACAAGAUUGCCGAGGCACAAGACAAAACUGCCAUAGCAGUUAUCUGUGAACGGAUGAAAAAGGACAUGGACUUCGAGUUCGAGUGCCAGUUCGCCUACAUCACCAGCGACACGGAGCAGCAGUCGACACCCAGUUCGGCCAGCAGAGGCGGCGACGUGGGCAUCGUUGGCAACAUCGGCAACGAGGCCAAGCGACUGAAGCAGGAAUGAGGCCCCAAGAUGUGCAUGUGGCUCCAGUGACUGGCAUUGAGCGGAGUAUUUGUAGUGUUUAUGUAAACAGUAAUCGGUGUCCCCAUCAGUGUGCAUCCCAGCCCCUGUCGUCACCAGUCGUUCAGCUCUGCAUUUAGUAGUCGAACCGUGUUGUAUAUCCGUAACCUUACCGUAUCCGUGUGCUAGUUUUUAGUCCUAGGUUCCCACACAACCAGCAUAGUCAGUCAAAAUUUUAGUGGUUAGUUUUAGGCAGGCUCCGAACUCGCGUACAGUAAAAGCACUCUUGGACAGACACGGAACUGAAGAGGUUUAUAAUUUAAGUAACAUCAACUGCUUAAAUUUGUUAUUUAUUGAAUUAAAAAAAAUGUUCCCCUUAAGGGAAAUGUUUACGAUUUGUUGAAUCGAUUGUUCGGUUUGAAAAAAAAAACAAUUUAUUGUAACAUUAAGCACAAUUUCCGGUCACAAAAAAUUGUAAUAAUUUUGUAACACCCCUGAACUAUGAGUGAAGAAUAGAAAAAACCAAUUAUUUGUGUCCGAAGGAGUAGCUGACCGUCCAAGGGAGCUUUUUACUGGAAAAUUUCGAGUAUCGGACUGCCCCCGCAUUGAAGUGAAGAGCCGUCCAGAAAGCAAGCAAGUUGAAAGCCAGGUCGGCAAAAGCGCCUGGCCUUGCUUGCCCUGAUCUGUAUUCGAAGGAUACGUUUUAGUUUAAGUACAUGUGCAUUAAUAAUUGUAAUCAACUGUCUACGAUAACGAUGGGUUCGGAGGUGGCAUCAGUUUUGUCUGGUUUCAACAAACGAUCUUGUAUAUCAUAGCGUACGGCGCACGGCGCACCCCACACACAUAGUCCUAGCACCCACACACGCACUCAGAGGAAUUAGUCAGGGGUCUUGUAGGUUAUAGCGAAGGAACACAGCCCAUAGCGAACAGCUUGCUCAAAUUCAAAAGGAACACCCAGCUCAAAACUCAACCGUAGGCUAAGAAAACAACAGGCCUUAAAUGUGCAAAGAAAGAUCAACACUCAAUUUUGAAACAAUACAAUUUACCAUACCUAUACAUAAACUAUAUAUAUAAAGAUACAUAAUUGUAUAUGUAUAUUUUAACUACAAGGAAUCAUUUUAUUAUGAAACAUGUAUUUUAACAGAGGCGCUUAUCAGAGUAUUUUAUGCCAUUUUGGGCCAGAGUACAAGCAGCAAGCGAGGCAGAUUUUUUAAGUCAACUAUCUAGCAUUAGCCAACUGAAGGGGGUGCGAUGUGCAGACCACCAUCUGCAUCGACCCCCAACUGUCUAGUCCUAAAGCACACAUCUGAACCAUAUGCUCUGUACGGCACAAGAAAUCGACGAUAAUAACUAGAACUCCUUUCCAGGGAGCUGGUUCUGCUCAAAUGCAAAAUGCUUAUUUAGCAUCUAAGUUCUAUUGGUUGUUGAAAAGUAAAAGUAAAUCGAAAACUGAAAUUUUAAAAUGUCAAAACUAUUUAUGUAUGUGAAAUAAAAA